AUGUCAUGGAGGCUUCUAACAGUGUGCCACAUAGUACACAACGCUCUGAGUUCGGAUUCUGCUAGCUACCCCAUUGUCCGCAUUAUCCAGCCAGCUACCAUUGACUCUACACUUGAACAAAAUGGAGAAAAUUUGCCAGCCAGUCUAGUCAUUCAACCAAGUCAAGACUCGUACAGCUAUCUCAACUCCGACCUAUCUGAUUAUGACGAGUGGGUUUCGCCAUCACCGAGCGAUAUCGGUAGCUCAGCUGAGGAAGAUGAUCAGAACGAGCAUCAACUCGGCAAUGAUUGGCGCAAUGAGUCGUACCACGAGCGGAGGCCCGAGAUUGAAGAAUCGUUUGAGGAGUUGGUAGCUCCAUCGGAGCCCAGCGAAAUCAGCGACUUGGGUCAACGUAUGUACAAUGAAGGCCGCACGCGUAUAACAGACAGCCUGGUUCAAACUCCGCUGGUGUCUGGUGAAAGCAGGAUUUUCGCUAUUCCAAGGAAAUCACUUCAAGAUCGGUUAUUCGAGGCUUUACAGAGAAAGAACAGCACUACCCCUCUCGCAAAAGGGUUCUUCCCAGCAACCGCCCUCUCCACCAUUAUCACGUUCAGAACGGUCAGGGAGGAACUCCGAAGACAGCAAUCUCUUGACAACUACGACCUUGACAAAAUAUCCCAGUUUGCGCGAAUGAUUUGCACUGAAACACCCUGCACAACGUCCAAUGACAACGAACCGGGGAAGAUACAAUCCUUUCGCAAAGUUUUUGCUAUCCUAGUGAUGAUGGACAAGGUGCCGGCGAUUGUCAAGUUCUUGGAAACGAACGUCAAUGAUUCGGAUCUUCCGCUCAAAGCAAAAUACCGUCGCCAUGGCGGUAUAUACGAUCUUCGACGUCGGAAAACACCAGAGGUCAGGUUGAAGUGCUUUCCAGAGCGAUGGGGCUGCCUUUUAUUGAGCCAAUUCGAAGAGAUGCAGUGGACAACCUUGGCUCCUUUUUUCGGAAAGGCCCGGCCGAGCACCAAACAUCGUGUCCUUCAUUAUCGUCUACCCGAAAAGGCUAUUCUUCCCUUUCUCGGUGAUGACGAAGAAAGCCCAAGCGAGGAAUACGAGUUCGCAGGUGGAGGCGGCCGAGUCUUCAGGGUCAAGAUUCAUGCUGACCAUCAUACCUUCCAUGAUAGACUAUGUGAUCGAUACGGAUAUCAUGGCGACAUCAAACCCGAAAACAUCUUGUGGUUUCCAGACAGAAACGAAGGUCCAACUGGAUCAUCAGCCUUCCAAGGCGGAACUUUAAAACUUACAGACUUCGGUCUUGCUGCUAUCAGCACCAAGCGCACCAUGUCGAGGAUCCGAGGAACCAUUAUGGUAUCGAGAUGCUAUUGCGCCCCAGAAAUUGACUUACCCGAUGGUGGUGGCCAUGGGCGACAGUAUGAUAUGUGGACGUUGGGUUGUCUUUACAUUGAGUUUGUUACCUGGCUGAUCGGCGGUUGGAGGCUCCUCUCCGAAUUCACUCAUGCACGGAGUGCCGUUGACCAGGCUUGGUGCUCCUUCAAAACAGACACCUUCUUUACGAUAAAGGAGAACUUGGACAGCCCUGACAGAGAGAUGGAAGCAAUUGUAAAGCCACAGGUUACCAAGUUCAUCGAAGAACUCCAUGCCAAUCCAAAAUGUACCGAAUUUCUCCAUGAACUCCUCGACACGCUAGAGAGGCUAAGCAGUCAGCAAUUGUGCGGAAAACUGAACGAUAUGUUGAGAAAAUGUCUAGAUUCUGAUUCGUAUGGCUGCACGUCGUGUCCAAGGGAGAAAAUCAAUGUGAGCUAA